AUGACAAGACAGAGGAUAUACCGCUCCACAUACCCACCCCCGCAAUGCCCCACAAGCAUAUCGCUCCCUCAAUUUCUAACUCAAUACAAUCCAGACGCGGCCUCUCAGCAUGCCUGGAGAUUAAGAGAGAGAUACAGGUUGGGAGCUGGCGAUGUAGUUGGUAUCAGCGCGCCGAGUUCGGUUGCUCAUGUUCAGCUAAUUCAUGCAGUUCUUUGGACAGGGGCGACGGUAGCGCUGAUGAACUUCCUGAGCACCCCCGACGAUUUUAUACAUUAUUUCACGGUUUGCAAACCCAAGCUCUUGGAAAUUGGUCCAAAUCUCUAUGGUAUCUUUGUUGAAGCGUUGGCGGAGGUCCCAUCACUUGGUCAAAUUGAUGGCAUAUCCCUAUUAGGUUCCCACCUAGGCUUAGUGAAAGUAAGCCGAGAUUUAGCACGGCCGUUCUUACUGAGACUGAAUAGCGCACAGUAUCCCCUAGACUUUUCGUGCAAGAAAAGUCUGUCCGUUUUCGAUCUCUCAUUUUCUGACAGCCGCGAACAUACCCCCGCGAUCUGCUUUAGUUCCGGCACAAGUGGCAAGCCAAAAGGUGUAGAACUCAGCCACCACAAUUUGAUCUCGUCUUUAGCCGGUAUCCGAUCCACUGAUCCCGCUUUCAACAACUCGGAUUCACGGAGCAUCUUCUUCGCGCCUCUAUGCCACAUAUACGGGCUCAAUACGGUCGGUUUGAUGGGUGUCUGGCUCGGAUCAUACACGAUGUUGAUGAAGAAGUAUAGUCUCGACAAGCUUCUUGAACUAGCUUCCACUUACGAAGCCAAUACGUUACGUAUAGUACCUUCGAUUGCACUAGCGAUGACAAAGACCGCAAAACUCGAUGUUUAUGAUCUGACGAGUAUCAAGUUCAUCAUGUGUUCUGGUGCCGCGCUGCAGCCGGAGGUUAUUCAGGUACUGUAUAAGAGAUUUAACCAUGCACCUAUUUUCCAAGGAUACGGCAUGACAGAGACUGACAUAGCAACGCUGUGGACCCAUGAACGAAACCAUAUUGGAAGUGUCGGCAGGCUUUUCGCAAACGUAGAAGCACGAAUUGUAGACGACGACCUCAACAAUGUCGACGACGGUCACGAUGGAGAAAUGUUGGUUCGCGGACCCACUGUACUUCGGCUUCUUAUACCGACGGACCGCAAAAAGGAACUCAUCAAGUACAAAGGCUUUCAGGUCGCUCCGAGCGACCUUGAGGGCAUCUUGACGUCCCAUCCCUUUGUAGAUGAAGGAGUUGUCUGCGCCAGGUGGGACGAGAAGGAGGGAACUGAAGUCCCGAUGGCUUAUGUCACACUUAGCAAUAUUGUACCGAAAGACCCCAGAGGACGGCAUAACGCAGUUAUGGAGAUCGGGAGGUUCUUAAACGGAAAGGUCAGUCCGUAUAAGAGAUUGAGGGGUGGGGUUGAAAUCUUGCAAGAAAUUCCAAAAACGGCAAGUGGGAAGAUCUUGAGAAGAUUUCUACCGGCUAGAUUGACUAGGGCAUGGUCGGCAAAGCUGUGA